GCAGUGCCAGUGUGGGGCAGAGGAGCCAGGAGCUGUUCGUAGGAUGAUCGUGGGAGAAAGACGAAUCGAUUCCUUGCGCAGAAGCCCUCGGGGGAGCAUGGUGGAAAAUCCGAAGCCUGCGUCCUUGCGUUUGCUCACAUGCCACAACAAAGCAAAGGCGGCUGGGAGGCUCACUGUGAUGAAUCGUGGCUGGCAACGGAGUGGGGACGGGGGCAGGGCAGCGGAUGCUAAGAAGAUGGUGCUGAGGGGGACAUGCCUCGCUUUGGUGACUGGCUGGCCUGAAGAGGAAAUGCUUCCUGAAUGGGGCUGAAACUGCAGCCGCUGGAAUAUGCAGCCCGGGGGCCUUCCUGGCAGUGCAAACGCAGUGGACUGUGCCAGAGAGCCAAUCGCCUCGUCUCAGGGGAGGGCCACGGCCAAGCGGUAUGGUGACAACCUUCAAGAUCGCCGUGCUUGGGGCUCAAGGAGUUGGCAAGAGCGCCAUCGUCCACCAGUUCCUCUACAACGAGUUCAGCGAGGCCUGUGCCCCCACCAAAACGCGGCGCGUCUACCUGCCGGCCGUGGUCAUGAACGGCCACGUGCACGACCUGCAGAUCAUGGACUUCCCCCCCAUCACCUCUUUCCCAGUUAACACGCUGCAGGAGUGGGCGGACGCGUGCUGCCGGGGGCUCCGGAGUGUCCACGCCUACAUCCUAGUCUAUGAUAUCUGUUGCUUUGACAGCUUUGAGUACAUCAAAACUAUUCGGCAGCAGAUCCUGGAAACGAGGGUCAUUGGCACCACAGAGGCCCCCAUCAUCAUCGUGGGCAACAAGCGGGAUCUGCAACGGGGCCGGGUGAUCCCUCGCUGGAACGUCUCCAACCUGGUGAAGAAGACCUGGAAGUGUGGCUACAUCGAGUGCUCCGCCAAGUACAACUGGCACAUCCUGCUACUCUUCAGUGAGCUGCUCAAGACGGUGGGCUGCGCCCGCUGCAAACAUGUCCACACCACCAUCCGCUUCCAGGGGGCGCUGCGUAGGAACCGCUGCACCAUCAUGUGAGGCCCUGCCCCUGCCGCCACCCUCCCAGACCUUUUUGUAAAGCGGAGGAGUGGGGGCGGGGUGACACGAGCCAAGGACGAGCCGAGAAGCUUGACAAAGGAAGCCAGGAGGCCCGGGUCUGCUGGGUGACACCCACUCUCCUCCCUACCCGACCCCAGGCACAAGCAGUGUGGCCUGUAGAUUCAAGGAGGUGGCAUCAUGCUCCAAAGAGCAAAAGGCUGCGCAACGCCUUCCUUUGCAUUGGCUUGUGGACUGGCUGAUGUGGUGUUCAGCGAAGAAAGGGCACUUUGGCAAGAGCAGGGAGGGGAGAUGUAUUUCUGGUUACCACACAGUCGGGAGUGAGUCUCCUGCCAUCCCCACCAGACAAGGCGGCUGAGUAGGACAACUGCCUGGGUGGGAGCCGUCCUUUUAGAGAGCCAGGAUCAAGUCCGAGGAAGGGCCUGACCUGAAAUCCUGGAUCCAGAACACACCCCCAUUUGGAGCUGUUUGGAUCCAGAUGUGAAUGGCUCAGGCCCAUCUUAGAUAGUCCUGAUCCAUCGAUUUAUGACCGAGAAAGACUGGAGCUUGUCACUGGAAUCCGAGCAUUAGAAGUCAGAGCGGUUGAAUGGUCAGUCCCCGGUAGAUGAACCUCAGCAGUCUCCGUGACUCUGCCCCCAAAUUACCAGCACAAUAUUUAGCCUUGUGUGGCCACAUCUGUGUUCCGCACCAGUCACCCCUGGCAGGCCCUUAUCUCACUGCUCUUUCUUUGUUCUCCAUGGCAAUUUAUUUGCUCCCUGCUUUGUGGCUGCUCCUCUCUGUUCAGCCUGCUCCAUCUUCCCAUUACCCUGCUCAAGAACAGGUGCUUUGGCCCCAACCUGGCCCUUUUCCAGAGCUUGAACCAUCUGUGGUCUGCUUACUUGUCUGUCUGUGCCCAACGAACAGCACGUCUGCUCUGCACAAGUCUAUGUCACCAGGCAGCUAACUCUUUAUGCAUCUAUCCCAUGCUGGGUCCAUGCCAUCGCCAUCCCAGCUUUCUCUGUCUUCCCGGCCUGCCCUACAGCUCUCCUCCCAUAUGGUUUUCUUUCUGCUUGUGCAUCUGUCCCACCAGCAGGAGCCUUGCUGCGUCAAUCUCCGUCCUACCACAUCUCUCUUCACAAGGCGUCUCUGUCUCCAUACACAUCCCACCACAUCUGUCUCUCCAAGUCCAUCUCCUCAGAGAUCUCUCCUUUCCAGGCAUCCGUCCCACAGUGUCACCUGCAACUUAUCCUUCCUUAGCAAGGAGAAAGGAAGAUCACGCUCAGGGGAUAAUCACCAGUGUUCCCUAUAAGCUGAGCAGUUGGGUGUCAGCCGAGGAGAGAUUCAGGUGCCACUCAGAUGUUUUGCAGAGCGCCCACAGCUGACCACAUUGGUGCAUAUCUGCACGUGCCUUGGUGCGCAUAAAAUGUAUUCUGUACACAGCUGGAAAAACUUAGAGGGAACGUUGAUGAUCACACUGUCUGGUGUGUGCAUACAGCUUCCAUUGCCCUUGCUGACCAAGCCCUGGAAGUUAUCUCUGAGGAAAGUCUCUCCUAGUCUUGACAAGUGGCAGAUUUGUAUGGAGAGCCAUCUGAAAUGCCAACUGCCACUCCAACGUGUGGUGUGGCAUCCCCUGCUGCCUGGGUAACCAGAGGUGUCUUCAACUGCCAAGAGGGAUGCCAAGACCCAGUGAGCCUUCAAUCAACAGGCACUUCCCCCUCAUGCCAGGAGAGUAGCAUGGCCUCUAAGAAGCCAAAUCCUCUCUCCUUUUGCCCAUUGGAUAUGGAGCUACCUGGCAGCCAGAGGCAUUUCUGAAAUGGAUUUUUUUUUUACUUCAGGACAAUAUUUCCAGAUGUUCAAAACCACCCCUCCAAACACACACAAACCCCACACCCACUAGUCCACCCUUCCCUGUUUCCUUCCUGUGUUGUGUUUCUACAGGCUCAGAACCAUAUUUAAAAAUAUCUCAACAGCGUGAGUGCAUGUCUGAGGGUGGCCUUGAUUGGCAUGUGAGUGUCCAUUCUGACAUGUGUUUGCAUCAGUAGCCCUGUCUUUCCAUUUCAAGACCUCCAGAUUUGGCCAUUAGCUGUAUAAUGUUUAUUUUUUCUUUUAAAUUGAUUUUUCCCAUUAGCUGGCAAUUUGGCCCUAGGAUUAAAGCAAAAUGAUCCUGAAAUUCUAGGGUUAGUUCCACUCUCCUGGCCUAACCCCUGUCUGAGUGUACUAGAUUUCCUGGACAGGUCCUGGAGUUCUACCUCUUGUUGGAGCCGACACGGUCAGUUUUGUAGAGAUUUAAAAAUGAUCAUAAUCAUGAAACAAAACUAGACACCGGCCUCCGUGAAGGAUAACAGACAUACUGUAUAUACACACGUAAGCUGAUCUGGUGUGUGAGAGACCCUACAGCUAACAUAAACAUGAUGGUUUUCAUGCUCAUUUACGUGCAGGCUCUUUUGCGCUCCUCUGUGUCAAGAGGCAUGAGCAUAAAUAAGUAACAGAACUGUCCAUUUAUAAAUUGUGCUGACCUACACAUAACUGCAUCUUGCUGUCAUGAUUUUGUUAAUGGCAGGGAGAGAUCAAUGAAAACAAAUUCAAUUAGAAACACCUACUUUCCACAGUUGUUUCAUGUAAUUGACCUGCUCGAUUCACCCCGACUUACGGCUAUGUUAUAAAGACCUGCCAAUGUCUCAGCUUAUAUGCAAGUAUAUACAGUUCCCUCACAGGCAAGUCCAUUCCUUAAACUAUUUAAAAGGGCUGAUCAGGAGCUGCAGUGGAUGUCACUAAAAGCAGCUUAAUUCUCUCUCACACAUACUCACCUCCCCCGGGAGAACUGUUGUAAUAGAACAAACGAAACUUGAGCGGGAUGGUUCUGUGUUCAGGCUUUACUCGAAGGAGGUGCUGUGAUACUUCAACCGUGGUUACACUUUCUGAGUUCUUCUAUUACUUUUGUCCUAGACCAGGGUGAGCAAAUACCAGCCCAAGGGCCAGAUCUGGUCUGCUAGGGUUAGCCCCUGGUGGGCCCCCACACUGCUAUAUUUACCUGCACCUCCUCAAGCACAGGGAAUCACAGCUCCUCAUUGGCAGUGUGGGAGGUCUAGGUUGACUCUUAGGAAAAACCAUUUCCCUAGGAGUGUGGGGAAGCACUAGGAUGAGUUACCUAAGGAGGUGGAAUCUCCAUUCCUAGAGGUUUUUAAGUCCCAGCUUGACAAAGUCCAAGCCGGGAUGAUUUAGUUACAGUUGGUCCUGUUUUGGGCAGGACUCAAUGACCUCCUGAGGUCUCUUCCAGCCCUAUGAUUCUAUGAUUCUAAUACAGCAAAGGGUCUAUGACACACAGCCAAUAAAGGGCAGUAAUGCGUAUUCACAGCAAUCAAUACAUUACACUAUGAAUAGUCAAUUGUAAAUUCUAGACUUACGAUUCUCCUGAGAUGUUUGGAGGACUUGGUCAUGGUUUGCAACAUCAAGAGAACCUUUUGCUGGAACUGUGAUUCUAGAAUUAACUGUUGCUUGUUAUUUAUCCUGUACACUGCAUGUAAUACAGUGUAGUGACAUGCUUUGCUACAGGUGGGUCUAAUGCUAUCUCUUUGGUAUUUAAUUCUUAUUGACAUGUUAUGGCUGUGUCAUUGGUCUCUUACCAGUUAUCCCUUAAACUUCUUAAGAAAUCUCUUCUUAAGAAAUGGAAGCUGCGAUUGCCCAUACCUGCCUAGGGCCAGGUAAAUACAGUGGCAGGAGCCCACCAGGGGCUAACUCUGGUGAACCACCACUGUUUUAUUGCCCACCCUAUCCUAGACAAUCCUUCCCUUAAACAGGAAAAACUUAAAAAACAACAAAUAGUCUAGUAGUACUUUAAAGACUAACAAAACAUGUAGAUGGUACAAAUGAGCUUUAAAGGAAGAUGACCCACGAAAGCUCAUGAUACCAUCUACAUGUUUUGUUAGUCUUUAAAGUACUACUAGACUAUUUGUUGUUUUUUAAGUUUUUCCUGUUACAGACUAAUUUGGCUUCCCCUCUGAAGCUUCCCUUAAAGGGAAUGCUUACCAGGAAUGCUGGUGCCCUCUAAUGGCAAACUCCUGAAUUACAUUAUACGAAGGUAGUCAAUUUGCUACAAUUCCUACAAAGGAAUGAAGGGGUUGAGGGGGAAGGAUGCUAAUUUAUGAUGGAUAAAAGAGGCCUGCAUUUAAAAAAAAAUCUUUUCUGCUUGUAUUUUACAUUAGAAAUUGAGGUCUUGUCUACCCUAUUUUCCCCUGGUUUUCCCUCUCUUUAACUCACUCAAACAUGAGAAACACUUAAAGUUUUAAGGGGGGAGGAAGUUUCCAACUCAUGCCUGAGACCACCAAGUUCUCUAAUAAAACCAGACCUGCAGCUUCUAAGGUUAAAAAAAGCCUUACUUAUCUAUCAUAAAAAAUAACAAAUAUUUUCCCAUUAGUUGGUCCCAUUUCACAGUAACAUGAUUAUUGUCUUGGUAACACUUUUUAUUAAGACAUUUCUAAACUUUAACAAAUUUGUUGUUAUGACUAACACCCUGGAAUUGUGCUGUCAGGGUUUAUAUGAUCACCCAAGUCACCUGAUGGAAUAGAAACUAGUGAGAUCACCUUUGCAACUUGAUGGGCUUUGAUUUAGCUAAUUACCAUUGACGCUAAAGAGAGGAGAAUUGCUAGGUCAUUAUCCAGCAUGCUGAACUUGCAUACUGUGUGCAGUGAGGUUUGUAAAUGGAAUGCUAUGGAAUAUACAGCAAGAAAACUGCAACAAAUCUAUGGCUACCUAGGUAUUACACCAUAGCCACUUGGAAUUUCACAGUACAAGCCCCCUGCUCAAAAAAUGCAGGCCUCUAUCUACACUGUAAGGUGGAUAGAAAGUUGGCUGGAUUGUCAGGCUCAGCAGGUAGUGAUCAAUGGCUCGAUGUCUGGUUGGUGGUGAGUGUUAAGAAGUGUGCCCCAAGGAUGGUUGGUUUUGUUCGACAUCUUUAUUAAUGACCUGGCUGAGGGGAUGGAUUACACCCUCAGCAGCUUUGCAGAUGACACUAAGCUAGGGGG